AUGUCGAGCCACACAUUCUUCAUCGGCCGCACUAAUCUCUCUUAUUAUACCGUUCCUGUGGCGUGGCUUCUGUGCAUAGCGCCGCACAUCUAUGCUGUGAAACUCUACGAUCGAAUAUCCCCUAAACAUGAAUUCGACAAAGUCAAUCCGAGAUCGCUCCUUCCGACUCUCGAAUCCAACCCUGACAUCGAUACGUCCACGAAAAGACGCAUUGCCCGUGCUGAAGCUGCGCAGUGGAAUGGAUUCGAAAACCUCGGCUUCUUCGCUGCCAGCGUCGUGGCAGCAAAUGUUUCGGGGAUGGAGAUUUUCUGGGUGAAUAGUUUGAGUCUAGCCUACAUCUUCAGCCGGGUAUUAUUCAAUGUGCUGUAUAUAAAGGGAGUAAGUGGCUGGGUGAGAAGUAGCGUGUUCCAUGCUUCUUCUAGGUGA